UUUUCAACGAGCAGAGUCGCCGGUCCUCCUUAAAUGUUAGUGACAAACAUGGCGCUCUCUGUGUUGGGCUGCGGCGGGGGGGGGGGGUUGCGCUCAGCUCCGCCCUGAAUGAACACUGACUCGACGCUAUCAGCCUGUGUGUGUGUGUGUAUGUGUGUGUGUGUUUGCACUGUGAUGAUAACUUGACUGUCAAAAGUACAUUUAACAACAGAGCAGCGCUGAGGGUCCAAUGGUCAGCGCCGCCUGUUUGCUCGCUGAGUGUCCGCGUCGAGGCGCCUGCACGCGGACUGCACGACAAGCGCUUGAAGGCUGAGCGGGUCCGUGCACAUCCGUGUUGACAACAAAAGUUUGGCCAGCGUUUAGCAGUCAUGUCCGGACAACCAGGCUUCGUGAGCCCGUUCCACAGACCCCGGUGUUUGGCGGCUGCAGCUCCGGCGAGUAAAGCCAAGUUCACCCACCCUGGAAAAGCUAUCCUGGCAGGUGGGAUUGCAGGAGGCAUCGAGAUCUGCAUCACCUUCCCAACAGAGUACGUUAAAACACAACUGCAGCUGGACGAAAAGGCAAAUCCUCCCAAAUAUAAAGGCAUCGGGGACUGUGUGAAGCAGACGGUGAACGGUCAUGGGGUGAGGGGUCUGUACAGAGGUCUAAGCUCUCUGCUGUAUGGCUCUAUACCUAAAGCAGCUGUAAGAUUUGGGGUGUUUGAGUUCCUUAGUAAUAAGAUGCGUGAUGAGAGCGGCAAACUAGACAGCAAGCGAGGAUUCCUCUGUGGCCUUGGAGCUGGAGUUGCAGAAGCCGUGCUCGUCGUCUGUCCCAUGGAGACAGUUAAGGUCAAAUUCAUCCAUGACCAGACAUCAGCCAACCCAAAGUACAAGGGAUUCUUCCAUGGGGUGAGAGAGAUCAUUCGAACCCAAGGACUGAAGGGGACCUAUCAGGGCCUAACAGCCACUGUACUGAAGCAAGGCUCCAACCAGGCCAUUCGCUUCUAUGUCAUGACUUCCCUGAGGAACUGGUACAAAGGGGAUGACCCCAACAAAGCCAUUAACCCUUUGAUAACUGGAUCGUUCGGAGCAGUCGCUGGUGCUGCCAGCGUGUUUGGAAACACUCCCCUGGAUGUCAUCAAAACCAGAAUGCAGGGACUUGAAGCUCACAAGUACAAAAGCACAAUGGACUGUGCCACCAAGAUCAUGAAGCAUGAGGGACCAAUGGCGUUCUACAAAGGCACCGUCCCUCGGCUUGGUCGGGUGUGCAUGGAUGUGGCCAUAGUCUUCAUAAUCUAUGAGGAAGUCGUAAAGUUCCUGAACGUUGUUUGGAAGACGGACUGAAACGUACAUCCUGCUACAAAAGCAGAAGUGUUAGGACAGGCCGUCCACAUUAUCAACCAGGCCGAGUCCCAAAGCAUUCUCCUUUAACACUGCUUCUAGGUUCUAAUGUCUACCUCCGAGUGAUUUUCAGAAAGAAAGGGAUUGAUGUAUUCUUGAUUUUAUUUAUAACACAGUUAAGUGGAAGCAUCAUCUGCAUGAAAUAAGCUCCAGAUUGCAGAAUCACCACUCACACUUCUUCAUUUCUUUUAAAUUUCAGAAGGGUAAAGUUCCUUAAGAGCUCAGGGAAAGCAACGGGGCAUUUAUUUAGAUCUGCUUGACUAGAGAAAAAGGUUAAUGGGAACAAAAAAAGAAGUCUCUCAAGUUAACUACAGUUCUUGGAAUUCAGUUUAUCACAAAGAACAUUACACGACCUGACAUAAUGUGAUUCAGACACUAUCGACAAAGAAAUUAUACUUGAAAAUGAGAUAUUAUACCAGAGAUAUAGAUAGAGAUAAAGCCCUCUUUAUACGCAAGUAUUUAGAUUUUUCCUGUUUUUAAAAGGCUUUUCAAAACCACAGUUUCGUUCAAACGCUGAUCUGAAUAAUUCAUCUCCAGAUAUCACUGCUGCAGAGGUUAAGGUACUUUAAGAACUAAAUGCCUUAAAUCACAGUUUUUAACAUUGUAGGAUCCAGAAAGAUGCCGUUUUAAUAUUGCAUAUACUUAACAUUUAGAAAUGCACAUUUUCCACAGAACAGCCGUUGAGGUGGUGUAAAGACGUGGUUCACUUUGAAGUUGCAGAAAUAUUUGAAUUAAUUAACUUACUAGACUGAUAAGUGCCUAUGUAUUUUAUGAUUCAUUUUGAGAUCUUUUCAGAUUAAGAAUGAUUAAAUGUUGUAUGUACAUAGUCACUAGAUAUUUUUAAUGAAUGUACUCAAGUGCAAACACUGCGCUGGGGCCAAAUGUUUCAUUCGAGGCAGCAUCUGAGGUAUGGUAUAUCUGAGAUGUUAAUGUUGUCUCGAUUCACCGUAACUGCUAAUAUGAAUUCAUGCUUCUAAAUUCAAAUAGCCUUUAGUACAUGGAGAUGCCUGUUUGAGGAAUUCUAUUAAUAGUGCCUUCCAAGAUUUUUUCAGACUUUUUUUCGCUUUUCGAUAUUAAUUGCCUUUAUCUUUUUCAUUAACUGACAACCCAAUGUGCCAACUGCUGCUCAGAAGCCAUGUUAAAGACUGGAGCUUGUGAGUCUGGCAUGUUUACAUGCAGUGCAAUUAAUUUUAUUAAUUUUUUUUGCUCAUCAUACGGUCUUUAUUUAGGAUACACAAUGUUUACUUUGAGGUACUAUUUCAGCUUCAUGUUAAACCUGCCUUAUGUCACAGAUAUUUAAACAUCUUUGGUAUUUUCAUAUUAUUUCCAUGUGAAAUAUUUCCUGUAGCUGAACCCGGUCUUGUGCCUUCAGUCUAAUCAAUUCUGAUAUGUAUGCUCACAAAUAAACAUUGGAUCUGACUGUUGAA